UGUAGAAAUGAAGUUCUUUCAUUGCUGUUAUUUAUUUAUUACCAACCGAAAGAUUGACUGAAAGUUAGAGAAACUCAGAUGUUCGAUUGCAUUCGUAUUUACAUAUCCAGUGAGUAUGAUGUUAUCGUGCACGUGAUGAAAGACAUGGAGGGGGGGCUAAUAUGACGUCGUCCUUAUCCCUCGUUGAGGGAUUUUGUUGGCAACGCUGAAUCUGGUUGGUGUAGUCGUGUCGACAGGUUCAAGAUGGCUAGCGAGAUUAAUGAAAUCGUUGCCCAAAUUAGUGAAAAUGUGACGGAAAGGAAUGCCUCGAUAACUGGGAGAAUACCCUCGACUCCCGAAGGAAUGGCCAUCGCUUACGGUAGCUUGAUCAUUAUGGCUGUUUUGCCGAUCUUCUUUGGCAGCUAUCGGGCUGUUAAACACCAUAUGGAGCAUCAGGCAAAUAGUGAAGAGAAAGGAGCACCAGAUGCAAUGACUUGUAAAGAAGCAUUGAUAUAUCCAUUCAUUUGUAGUUUCACAUUAGUCGGACUCUAUGUGGCAUACAAGAUAUGUCCGGAGAACUAUAUCAAUGUAAUUUUGGUUAGUUAUUUCCUCUUCCUAGGUAUCUUUUCCUUGUGUAAUGUCACCAGUCCCUUAAUUUCAUCGCUGGUACCUGCUGCUAUUCCAAAAACUCAAUACCAUUUCAUGUUCACCAGCGGAGAAGGUGAAAAUGCAGAGUCUAUCAUAGCCUAUAAGUUCAAUCUUCAUGAUUGUGUUUGUCUGGUUUGUUGUUCCCUUAUUGGAGCAUGGUACGUUCUAAAAAAGCAUUGGAUAGCAAACAAUUUGUUUGGUAUCGCGUUCGCGAUUAACGGAGUAGAACAGUUGCAUUUGAACAAUGUCGUAACAGGAUGUAUCUUGUUAUUCGGACUUCUUCUCUAUGAUGCAUUCUGGGUCUUCGGUACAGACGUGAUGGUGACGGUCGCAAAAUCAUUCGAAGUUCCAAUUAAAUUAGUGUUCCCGCAAGAUCUAUUGGAGAAAGGUCUCACCGCAAAUAACUUCGCCAUGUUAGGCUUGGGGGACAUCGUUUUACCUGGGAUUUUCAUUGCACUUCUAUUGCGAUUCGACAACAGCUUGAGCAGAAAGUCGAACGUCUAUUUCUAUGCCACCUUUUUCGCAUACUUCAUGGGAUUACUGAUCACAAUGUUGAUCAUGCAUUUAUUUAAUCACGCACAACCGGCUCUACUAUACUUGGUGCCCGCUUGUUUGGGCACUCCUAUACUGUUGGCGUUAGUGAAAGGAGACAUAAAAGCGCUAUUUUCUUAUGAGGAUUAUCCGAAAGUUGUACCAGAAGAGAAACAAGAAAAACAGACGCAAGUAGAAUCGAAGAAAACGUCGUAAUAUUUGAAUUGGAACUGAACCACGUUACCGAAACCUUUCAGCAUCGCUAUCACGCUGAUAUUGUUUUAACAAAUCCAUUGAAUACCAGGAGCAGGACCGAUCGUUUAUAUCUCAUGCUCAAGAUGUACAAUCGUAGCACGCGAUACAUGAGAAGCAUUAUUGUGCUUUCGACACACUCUAUGGGAUAUAAUCUGAUACUUUCAACACCGUAAUCAGAUGAUGCCUUGAAACACGGUUCUGCAACAAUUAUGAUUCGAGACUUAGUGUAUUCUCAUUUUUCGUUUCCCGUAACAACCGAGAAUCGUAGAAAUCGAGAUUCGACGAAACUAAUACAUAGAGAAUUUACUAAAGAACGUAAGUUAUAUAUACAAUAGCAUUGGUAUAGGGAAUAGAAAUUGUUUCAUAUCCUUUUCGGUUUUUAGUCAAAUCGUAUUGAAUGAAGAUUUGAUAUAGAAUUGGCAUUAGUAUACCAUUUGCGUUAGAGAUUCAGGCUUCCGCCGCUGAUAUAAGUAUUACAUUUUCUUCAUAGCUGAGUAAAUUUCGAUUUUAAUCUUCCCUUGUAAAAAAUUACCCGUAUCCUAAAUAUAUUCGGGAUGCUAGUAAAAUACGUUUAAAAGAAACGCAUAUUUUUAGGUUGAAAUUUUACAUUUCUACAUAAAAGAGAAUGUUUUCCCUAUUGUAAUUGGCGGCACUUCCUGUGCGUUAAACUUACUGGUAGGCUGAAUAAUUCCAUCAAUAUAUGUAUUCAUAUUUUUGAGUAUAUGUACUUUCCAUAUGUCUUACCCAAAUUAAGUACAAUCUUUUUUGUCCGCCGUGGAUCCAUAAGAAGUAGUCUGGCUCCUUUAGGCCAGACUUAAUCUCUUUAUGACAGUAGAAAAUAUUUCUUAAUUUAUUGUUCAGUUAAAUGCAUACAAUUUUUGUAUACCAUAACUAUGUUGAUUGUCACAAUUUGUAAAAAGAAACUUUUUCGAAACUAUAAUAAAACUACAUUUUUUUUUAAAUUCA